AUGAACGCUGAUGUUCAUGCCCAAGGGUUGCUAGAGCUCGUCAAGCUUUUCAUUGCUUUUAAUCAAAUCUCGAUACAGCGCCACUCGCGUCCUGGGAUCACCAUGGCUACACAUCUGACCGACACCGAGACGAAAGUUGCCUCACUAUGCUUCAGUAUGGCUAAUAAUAUUUCAACCCGAACGGCAGACUACCACAUCACACGGGAGUGGAUGAGGACCAUUCUCUGGCAAGAGGCACUCAAUAUGGGUCUGCUGUCUUCUUCAGCGUGUGAAUCUGUCUUGGCAUUUGGAUUUCCAGCGCAAGUUGGCCGUGCAUUACUGCAGGCCUUGCGGGGCUUCAGUGAAACAGACUUGCUCCCAUUGGGACGAGACCAGGCUAGUAGCCUCGGUAUAAAGGAAAUGCAGGCUGUGGCUAACGUCCUCUUGCAGUUACUCAAAUGCUUCGAAGUCGCGAACUCGCUGGCAGACACAGUGCUUCUGUCCUCGCAUAAAAAAUGUUCUCGGCUCGAGCUAGGACCGCAUGACUUUCUGCAUGCGUUAUACCAGAAAAUCGUCCCCUUUCUCGAGCAGGAUACCGCGUUGAAUUCAAUCCUUCGUGCUAAAACCGCCGAAGCCCUGGUCGCAGCUCCAGCUCGCCUGCUGACAAUACAGGAGGAAGAUGCGGGCCUGCACACAGGCGAAAAUGGGCCUUGCGGUCAGGCUCAGAUUUCCGGGUACAUACCGAACAGCGAGCUUGAUGAACAGAAUGAAUUGACACCAGACUUCUUGGAUUGGCUACAGCAACCGGAUCUUCAGAUGAUCUAA